ACCCCUGAGGCAAGCGUGGAGCUGAGGAAAGUGGAGCCCACACCUGGCAGGUGGCCAGUGAUGGGGCAGGUCAGGAAGGCUCCUGGUGGGGCUGUUGCAACUGACCCAGGCAUAAAGGAGGGUCACUCAGGCCAGGAGGAGGCAGAUUGGGGACCAUGGAGACCCAGAGAGACAGCCUUCCCUGGGGACGCUGGUCACUGUGGCUAGUGCUGCUGGGCCUGGCCGUGCCUCCAGCCACUGCCCAGGUCGUCAGCUACAACGAGGCUGUGCUCGCUGCUGUGAACGGCUUCAACCAGCGCUCCUCGGAACCUAGUCUCUACCGCCUCCUGGAGCUGGACCAGCAGAGGCCUGAUGCAGACGACAACCCAGACACCCCGAAGCCUAUGAGCUUCACAGUGAAGGAGACCGUGUGCCCCAGGACGACGCAGCUGCCACCAGAGCAGUGUGAAUUCAAGGAGAAUGGGCUGGUGAAACAGUGUUCUGGGACAGUCACCCUGGGCCAGGCCAGUGGCUACUUUGACGCCGACUGUGCAGAGAUUCCAGGGGUCGGAGAUGUCAGCAAGUUUCGGAGGUUCCGCAAACCAGUCAGGCAUUUUCGAAUAAGUGGGGGUUUUCAAAUAAGUGUGUCCUUUGGCUAA